AAGAAGAGGGAGCAGGGGGGCUUGAAGGCGCUGGAUGUAUCCGUGAUAGUCUCUCCUCCUGGAUGCUGCCUUCUGUCUUCAUGGCUUUGUCCCUCCUUUACACGGUCACCCUGUGUCCCCAGGAAAAGGCACCGGUACACGGACCAGCACUCAGCCACGGAUCCUGGGAUGAAUCAGCCCCAACAAAGAGGCUUUGAGAUGGAUGUGUGUGCUUGCGCCUGGAGGGAGGAACGCAUCAGGCUUUCCCAGGCAAGCGGCAGCCUGCAGUGUGCGCUUGCUUGAGAGCCAGCCCUCAUCGUCGUGGUGUGUAUGAGAGAGGGAGCGUGUAUGUCUGUGUGUGAGUGUGUGUGCGAAUGUGAGUGAGCGGUGGAUAAUACUGUAUGUGAGUGUGUAUGUGCGCACUCUCACUUCCAAUCCUUCCUGGAGGAGAGAGGUUCUCCUCUUCACUGGACGGCAAGGGGCAUUUUGAACCGGACAAGCUGCCGCCCUUGUGGACCUGAGGAUGUUUCGCAAAAAGAAAAAGAAGAGGCCUGAGAUAUCAGCGCCGAAGAACUUUGAGCAUCGUGUCCACACUUCAUUUGACGCCAAGAGAGGAUGCUUUGUGGGCCUGCCAACACAAUGGCAAAGCCUGAUAGAGAACCUCCGCAGGCCCAGACCAAUGGUGGACCCCUCCAGGAUCACAGAGGUGGAGCUGAGGCCAAAGAAGACCAUUGUGCGUGGAAGCAUGAUUGGUCAUGGGGACUACAUCGCAGCCAUGAUCAAUGAUAUGAGCCGACUGUCUGUUACCAGCUCCAACUCUUUGAGGAAGAGCAGCCCCUCAGCCAGGAAAAGGGCCCAGUCUCUGGGAAGACUUGGGGAAGUGAACGAGGGAGACACAUACCAGUACGAGGGUCUGACUCAGGAUGAUGAAGAUGAUGAGGAUGCAGCUCAGGAUGAGUGGAAGGAAAGAGCCAGGAACAUCCACAGUGAGACCAACACCCCUUACUUGGGCAUGAAGAAGAGCAUCACCCUGCAGCCCAAUGGUAUCUUACCAAAGGCCAAGUCAACCUAUGAAGUGAGCAUCAGCUCCCUGGAGGGACCUUCACAACCGGCUCAGACUCAGAACGUCCACAUGCCGAGCCAUGCAGCUUAUAUGAGUGGUGAGGUGGGCAGUCCUCAGGAGAGAGUGAUAUGGAAGAGAGAUUUCCAGCUGCCCAGGGGAAUGCCACCGACUCAGAGACCUAUAGCAUGUUUCUACAGCCCAGCUAUGACUGUUCAGCAGCCCAUUGGAGAUCAAGGGACUGCCAGCACGGAGCUCCGGCCCAAUGUGCCCAUGUACAUGCACCCACAGAACAGCCCGGGACGGCCGUUCUCAUCCUACGACCUGAAAGCGGAGUCGGCAGUGAGGUACCACUCCAGCUUCCUGCCCACUGGCACCAGCAGUCCACUUGUGGGUGGCAUCAGACCCCAGCGGACUGUGCGCUCCUCAGCGAGCUACACCCUAGGCUUGUCUCCCAACAUGGGACUGAGGCCUAAUGGACCUGACCCUUUCCUAAGACACUCUGGAUGCCCCAAUCCCCCCUACCCCCGUCAGGACAGCCCUUCUCAACCUCGACCCUCUCCCACAGGCUCCCUAGCUACUAGUCCCCCAGGAACCUGCUCCCCUGCUUUUAGACCCCCACAGCACCCUUCACCCAGGCCCCCUCCAGACCCACCCAAGGUAACACAUGAACAGUUUAAGGCUGCCCUGCAGAUGGUGGUAGACAAGGGUGACCCACGAUCUUACCUGGAGAACUUUGUAAAAAUUGGGGAGGGGUCAACAGGUGUGGUGUGCAUCGCCACAGAAAAGCACAGCGGCAGACAGGUGGCGGUGAAGAUGAUGGACCUGCGGCGGCAGCAGAGGAGAGAGCUGCUUUUUAAUGAGGUGGUAAUCAUGAGGGACUAUCAGCACAGGAACGUGGUGGAGAUGUUUAAGUCAGCCUUGGUGGAGGAGGAGCUGUGGGUUAUCAUGGAGUACCUGCAGGGUGGAGCACUGACCAACAUUGUGUCUGAAACCAGGCUGAGUGAAGAGCAGAUUGCCACAGUGUGUGAAGCUGUUCUGCAAGCCCUGGCCUAUCUCCAUUCACAGGGAGUCAUCCACAGAGACAUCAAGAGUGACUCUAUACUACUCACAUUAGACGGAAGAGUCAAGCUUUCAGACUUUGGCUUCUGUGCUCAGAUUAGUAAGGACAUCCCUAAAAGGAAGUCUCUUGUCGGGACUCCCUAUUGGAUGGCUCCGGAGGUCAUUUCCAAGUCACCAUAUGGCACUGAGGUGGAUGUUUGGUCUAUGGGUAUCAUGGUGGUAGAGAUGGUGGAUGGAGAGCCCCCGUACUUCAGUGAAACCCCUGUAGCAGCUAUGAAGAGACUGAGGGAUGAACCGGCUCCUACUGUACGAAAUAUCAGUCAGAUCUCCCCAGUUUUAAAAGACUUCCUGGACCGUAUGCUGACUCGGGACCCCCUAGAGCGGGCCAGCGCCACUGACCUGCUGGAGCACCCCUUCCUGCUGCAGAGUGGCUCACCUCAGUGCCUGGUCCCGCUGGUGGAGCAGUAUCGCAAACGCAUGUCCCGCUGCUGACCCUGAGGGGCUUCCUAUCCCCAAAACCACCUUCAGUCCGACCUCUCCAGGGCCUGGACGAGGACCAGAAUCGGGGUCCAACUCCUCUCGCACUCAAGCCAAUGGCCGAUCAGCUCCAGGGAAGCAGCCCAAGACAGAAAGCUGCUGCUGCCAGAGUGAUGGUGGCAGGAGUUUGAUUAACAGACGGCGCAUGGUCUCGGGCAUGAGCGAAGCACUUUAGGAGUGAGUUAAAGGCAGCAUGCAGUUCUUCACCUCUCAACUCGGUUUGAUCCAAAUAUUGAUUAGUGUCCUGUAACAUUCAGUGGGAUUCAACACUCCACAACAUGGUGCAUAUCAGCUGAUAGCAAAAAUCUAUAUUCCACGUAACUAUGUAUUGAACAUGUGCUACUCUAAAGAUCCUUUAUAGUGUUCAUAGUGGGCAUUAUUGCUAGCCGUGUAAAGCUUAUAAAGCUGGUGUUAAGCUCAAAACACAGUAGCUCAUUGUGACAUUAAGGAAGGAAAAAGUUACCUCUGCACACUCACACUCUAUGUUGUGAAAACUGGACUACAAAAACUGACAGUAGACUUUUUGCAUGGACAAAUGGAGGCACACCUGGCCUGAUGUGAAUGCUUGAAUAUGUACCAAACUGGGAUGUGAAAGACAAUUCUCCUUUAUUAGCAUAAUAAAUGGGUAGAUGAAAGCCCAGCUGCUACUAUUGGGCUAUUGGAAAAUCACCAGUACAAUAUCUCUCUUUUUCAUAUUUAUUCUUUAUUUCCAAAAGGUGUUGUGCGUUGUUUGUAUGAUGUGAAUUUGCAAAUAAGGUUUCAUUAUAAAGUAUGGACUUGAAGCAGAAGCGGACAAAUGAAUAAUGUAAAUAAAAACAGUGGAUAUUAGGUCCUUAUACCUGCUGAUACACUGCAGUAAAUUAUAUGAAAUUUUACUUUUCUUUACUGAAAUGUGAGUGUGUAGAUGUAUGUGUGUGCAUGUGUGAGCGUGUGUAUGUGUGCGAGUCUGGGUGUGUGUAUGUGGUGACAUCUCAGUGUUUGCUUCUGAUACAACCCUCUUUGUAUUGUGACAGACUUUUUAAAAACCACAAGAUGUGUGUGCUGCUCCUCAAGAUGUGUGUGACUGUAUUUGCAUUUGUUUGCCUAGAUAAAGCACACAGGCCUGGCAUGUGAUGCUGCAGGAUGUUCGCCUGCUGAAAACACUUUGCACAUAGUCUUUGUAUUCUGACACGGAUACAUGUUGACAUGUUUCAUGUAUUUCUAUUUCUGUGUGGAUCAUUCAUGAAAAAGAGAAUUACACAUUAUUUUAAUUUUGUAUAAAUUAAUAAAUGAUGCAUAUUGAAUCUCUGCUGAA